UAUAGUAAACAUGACCAGAAGUAAAGCUUAGGGUGUUUGUGUUGAGGUUUUCUCUGCAGAGUAGUGCAGUAGCAAUAUGAGCCUGUUGGAUGUGAUGCCAAUAUUGGACGAAGAAGCUGAAGAUCAAGAAGAGGAUGAACACAGUGUCCACAUGUCGGAAGGAGGGCAGCGUGAGAGUUAUGAAGACCUCAGACUCAUGCUCAGCGAACUUCUCGAUGAGAAGGAGAGACUUACUCAAGAGAUUAACGAUAAAAACGAUGAGAUGGAUGAAGCAAAGCUGACAAUGGAAGAUAUUGCCAUUGUCAACAAGCGCCUCUUAAAGAAACUGAAUUCAAUGCCUGAGAAAGUUAAGGAGUUAUACAACGAGAUAGUGAGCGACCAAUUCAACCCUGCUCAAGCUAAGAAGACACCCUUAGAAGAGGACUACCAGAAAGUGACGAAAGAGUACAACAAUCUACUCCAAGAGUUGGAUCUAAAGGAUGAGGAUAUCCACGAUUUGAAGGCUGAGCGUGCGAACAUAAAGUUGUUGUUGGAGCACCUCGAAUGUUUGGUAGCUCGACACGAGAAAGUACUACGAGUGACAGUUGUCAGACGACAGCAGCAGCCUAGCGGGGUUAGCAGCGAGGUGGAGGUGCUCAAAGCUCUCAAAUCUCUCUUCGAACACCACAAAGCUCUCGAUGAAAAGGUGCGUGAGAGAUGCCGAAAGGUAACCGAAGAGAAACAGGGAAUGGAGGAGAAACUGGCACACAAAGAUGAGGAAUGUGAGGCUCUGAAGAACAUUGUGAUUGCAGCCCAGAAGGAUGGCAACAUCAACGGGCUCAUCAGUGCUGCUGAUAGCAACCUUCUUUUGUCUAAGUGCACAAAGUGUGAAGAAGGAACGAAGAGACUAGUAGAGACACAAGAUGAGUUGGAGCAGAGACUGGCUGAGAUGGAGGACCUCUAUGCUCAGCGAGACGAAUGUCUCGAUAGGAUAACAGAGAUGGACGAGGAAUACAACUUGAUCUCACAAGAUCUCGACAACAGCCGGGAGAUACAAAAACAGUUAUCUAACGAGGUUGAACAGCUGCAUGAUGCGCACGAGGGACUACAGAUCGCGUACCGGGAAUUGAGCGAGGAGCGGGAUCUGCUUCUUGGUGAACGGGACAUGAUCAUGGCAGCCAAGUCAGAAGAAUCAACCCCCGAAUCAGUUCCAAUAUCAAUAACGGAGUACAACGAGAUAAAAAAGAAACUUGAAAAUUACAGUGAAAUUGAGCAAGAGCUCUACACGGCCAAGAAAAAUCUAUCCAAGGUAAGAGAUGAAGACGACAAAGUGACGAGGUUAUCAGAGACAAUAGAGGAGCUGCUCCAGGAGAGUAACACUCAGCAGCAAACUUUCAGGGAAGAGAAGCAAAACUUGAUCAACGCCAGAAAUAAUCUACAAGAUGAACUUGAGACCUUAAGAGCUAAAAGUGCUAGUUUUGAAGAUGAGAAGGGGAUCAUGGUAGCUGAGCUGCAUGGGUUACGUGCGGUUAAUGCCGAGAUGCUCAAAUACAACAAAACCAAGGUAAUAACGACAGGACCUUUCUCGGCUACACAGAGCGAGGGACAACACACAGCUGAGGAGAGAGUCAGUGAUAACAACCGACACAACCGUCCCUCACUCAAGAUUCCUCCCAACAACGCGACCCCGGUUACCCCGGUUACCCCGGCUACACCUGAUAAAACGAACCCCACCACACCAUCCGUUCCUCUUACUCCUACUGCAACCAGGCGUUCUGCUAGUGUCGGCAGAUCCAGUUCCUUCACGAAGAGGAGAGAUCUCCAGCGAAGGGGUUCCUCAGACGCAACCAAAUUCAACGAGACAAUGGUCCAUAACCACACUGAGUCAGAGAUACUGGAGAACGAGUUCAACAAAAACUUCUUCAGCGGCGAUAUCUAUCACCAGGGUAAAUACAUCCCACUGGACAAGGGAUCUGAACAAAAAGAACCCGUCUCCCAAAUCUCUAAAAAGAGAAGCUACUACUAAAGCUGCUGUUGAGUCACUCGAUGGGGAGUUGAAGGACGCGUUUGCUGAUCUUCUGAGUCUACACCCUCCGGAAGAGGAUGCUGCUGUAGAAAUUAACGGUAGAGCUAAUGGCGAUGUGGGGAGCCUCGCCUCGGAUUCUGGAGAAAGUUUCUCAAACAGAGACUCAAACAGAGACUCGAUGUCAUCUGCUGCAAGUUUGGAAAGUUCGAGAUCAUCCUCAAAUUACAUCCCUCACUCUCGGAGUAGCUCGGAGAUUGUUGACCUGUCUCAAGAUGAUAUCGAGCUAGAUGGGAGUGAUACUCUGCGAAGGAAACGUCACACGGGAGGGAGUCUAAAGGGAACUAUAAAACGAGUGUUUGG